AUGGCUACCGGAGACUCCCCCAACUACCCCAUCAUCGACUCGCACAUCCACCUGUACCCCGAAUCCGAACUCGACACGCUCGCAUGGUGCGGGCCCUCGCACCCUCUUCACAAGCAGCACUCGCUCAGCGAGUACGCGACGGCGACGGGCUCGCCGGCCUCCCUCGAAGGCUUCAUCUUCCUCGAGACGGACCGCAAGCAUGAUCUGGCAGCCGGGGCCGGUGGCUGGGCGAUGCCGCUGAUGGAGGUGGAGUGGCUGAAGCGGAUAGCGCUUGGCACGCCGCGCGAGGGCGAGGGGCACGGCGCGGAGCAUGCUCAGCUGUGUUUGGCCAUCGUGCCUUGGGCGCCGCUGCCAAGUGGGGCGGAGGUGCUCUCGAGGUACGUGACGGAGGUGGAGAAGCACGCCGGUGCGAGCUUUGGGAAGAUCAGGGGUUUCAGGUAUCUGGUGCAGGAUAAGCCGCGGGGGACGAUGCUGCAGGAUGGCUUCAUUGAGGGGUUGAGAUGGCUGGGGAGGAAGGGCUAUGUGUUUGAUCUCGGGGUCGAUUUGCAUAGUGGGGGCAAGUGGCAGUUGGAAGAGGCGGUGGAGAUGAUUGAGAAGGCUCACGAAGGGGUUGAGGAGGCGGAGAGAGUUACGUUUAUCAUCAACCAUCUCUGCAAGCCCGACCUCUCAGUCUACAACCCGACGGAUCCCAAGUUCGUGGCGUGGCGCACGGCCAUGUUCAAGCUCAGCAAGUGCAGCAAGACAUUCCUGAAGCUCAGCGGCUGCUUCUCCGAGAUGCCCGACUCUCUGAAGACGGCGCCCGUCGACGAGAUCUUCCUGGCGCUGCAGCCCUACCUCGUGGUGAUUCUGGCCACGUUUGGUUCUUUCCGGAUCAUGUACGGCUCCGACUGGCCGGUCUGCACCGUGGGAGUUGAGGAUGCGUGGAAGAAAUGGAGACGCGUGGUGGAGAGGUUCUGCGACCUGGCGAGCUUGAGCCAGGAGGAGCAGAUUAUGAUCUGGAGUGGAACUGCGAUUAAGGCGUAUGGGAUUAGGGAGUUGAUGCAGUGA